GAAGGCCGAGCUUGCCUGUCGGCUUUGAUAACAGCGGGUGGCCUACCUAGUACCUACCACGACAGACGACAGUCGAACUAGUCGGAGCCGGUCGCUCGUCGUACGAGCGUCGUGACGUUGGCUUGAUUUGGCGUUUCUUACGCAUCUCGAUUCUCAACGACGCGAACUGUCAACCGCCCGCGGUCGCCGUCGCCGUCGCACUCGAAACGCCACUCAUUCGGGUUAUCCCAUCGCGUUGUUAGUGCUCUGUCCGUUUUGUGCGCGAUCCACAAGUGUCCCCAGUGUGCCCAGUGUGUGAUUGAUGAUGAAUAAUGAACGCGGCAGCGAGAGAUAGGAUCACGUCGCAAUUUGUUUGAUACGUCUUCCCAGCGGCGAUUUUCACGGCGGCAUCGCAUCGAUCUAGACGGUUGCUGAUCUGGAAAUCUUGGCGAUCUCUCGCUUUCCCGCGCAUAUUCUCUGCGUACGUGGGAGGUCGAAGUUUUCGCCGAUAAUCCAACUUGGCAUCUGCCGCUUAACAAGGUAUACUAUAAUUAUCGAAGAUAUGAAGAGGACCGUUUCGUGAGCAGAUAUUUGCCUCGUAAGACGCGUUUCGGAUAGUCUGGCCGGUUCCUAAGAUUGAAGGAAGCCGAUAUUCUAUGGAGAUGCACUCAUCGUACGUGAUAGCGAGAUCCAAGAAUGCGGUGACGUUGAGAAACUGCUUGAUCCGAAAAUACAUAUCGUAGUGCAUAUAUGCAAGAUUUAAUUAAAAUAUAUAAAAUUAUAUCCAGCGUCUAUAACGCUAAUUCAUAUUGAUGCAAAGCCAUUUUGCCAUUCUACAUUGGCACAACGGAGAACCAAAUGCGACAUAUCGAUUGAUAAACAUAUAACGCUACAUCAUUAAAACUCUGCCUUAUUUAAAAACUGGUAGACAUUUGCAACGAAAGGAGGAACUAGCUUAGGUGCCCGGACCUUUUGACGUCACACGGCGAGAGCCGACCGGCGGGAGAUCGAAGAGGGGCGAGAGGAUGUUGCUGAGGUAACACGACAUUUCGAGGCCGCACGAGAAGUACGAUAAUCGCAGCGCGCGGGAAGGUGUCGAUCGCGCAGCGGGCGCAUAAAGGGAGGAUCGAAGAGUGGCGGAAGGAUGGGUUUUCCCAGGAGAAGGUCGCUGUGGCUGAAGGUGGCGGUACUGGCAACCGCCGUGUGGGUGACUGUCUGUUUCCUGCUCUAUACGGAGGAUCGGGCGGCGGCGGCUGCCGUUCAGGGAUUGGCACCGUCGGGCGUCGCGAUGCCGCAACAAGCGGCGAAUGGCUUUGUACCACCCGCGGCGCCGUUUAGAAAAGAGUCGACUGGUAAUGCUGUUAACAACAGGGCGAAGAUCAAUCAAGUCGGCCUUAAGCAAGAUUCUAUAGGUGGUGGAGUGUUGGAUAUACCACGGGAACCGGAUACUGCUGCACCCGGUGAGAUGGGCAGACCCGUGAUAUUGCCGGCCAACAUGUCCGCGCAGACGAAGAAGCUAGUGGAUGAUGGCUGGCUCAAUAACGCGUUUAAUCAGUACGUCAGUGAUUUAAUCUCCGUGCACAGAUCUUUGCCCGAUCCACGCGAUCAGUGGUGUAAGGAAUCUGGUAGGUAUUUGAAGGAUCUUCCGCCUACAGCAGUAAUUAUCUGCUUCCACAACGAAGCUUGGUCUGUGUUGUUGCGUACAGUGCACUCCGUGCUGGAUAGAUCGCCAGAACAUCUCAUACAGGAAAUCAUUCUGGUCGACGAUUUCUCUGACAUGCCUCAUCUCAAGCGCCAAUUGGAGGACUAUAUGAUGAAUUAUCCAAAAGUGAGAAUUAUUAGGGCGAAUAAACGUGAGGGUCUUAUCAGGGCGCGCUUGUUAGGCGCUGUGGCAGCCAAAGCUCCGGUCCUCACGUAUCUGGAUAGCCAUUGUGAAUGUACGGAGGGCUGGCUGGAACCUCUUCUGGAUCGGAUCGCGCGCGAUCCGACGACGGUAGUUUGUCCGGUGAUCGAUGUUAUAGACGACACUACCCUGGAAUACCACUGGCGCGACUCGAGCGGUGUAAAUGUCGGUGGAUUCGAUUGGAAUCUCCAGUUCAAUUGGCACGCGGUACCAGAGAGGGAGAGAAAGAGGCACAAAAACCCGGCCGAACCCGUUUGGUCACCAACGAUGGCUGGCGGCCUCUUUUCAAUAGACCGAGCCUUCUUCGAACGGAUCGGCACGUACGAUAGCGGCUUCGACAUAUGGGGCGGCGAGAAUCUUGAGUUAUCAUUUAAAACCUGGAUGUGCGGAGGCACCCUGGAAAUCGUGCCGUGCUCGCACGUGGGUCACAUCUUUAGGAAACGUUCGCCUUACAAGUGGCGCAACGGCGUGAACGUGCUCAAGAGGAACAGCAUAAGACUGAGCGAAGUGUGGCUGGACGAGUACGCCAAGUACUACUAUCAGAGGAUAGGUCACGACAAGGGGAACUACGGCGACAUAUCGGAGCGAAAAACUCUUAGGAAGAAACUGGGGUGCAAGUCGUUCAAGUGGUACCUGGACAACGUUUACCCGGAACUCUUCAUUCCGGGCGAGGCAGUCGCCUCUGGAGAGGUCCGAAACCUCGGCGAAGGCGGUAACACCUGUCUGGACUCGCCCGCUCGCAAGGCCGAUUUGCACAAACCGUGCGGACUGUAUCCCUGUCAUCGACAGGGUGGAAAUCAGAUACGACAAGUUACUAGCGGAAUGUGUAUAGAUUCAUCGGGGAAAAUCGAAGACCUACAUCAACCAGUGGGCAUGUAUCCCUGUCACCGUCAAGGCGGCAAUCAGUACUGGAUGCUCAGCAAGACGGGCGAAAUCCGUCGAGACGAGUCGUGCUUGGACUACAGCGGCAGCGACGUUAUUCUCUACCCUUGUCAUGGCAGUAAAGGAAAUCAACAAUGGAUCUACAAUCCUCAGACUAAUCAUAUCAGGCACGGUAGCAGCGACAAAUGUCUAGCGAUUACAGAGAGCAAGCAGCAACUGGUGAUGGAAGAAUGCUCGUCCAAUGCCCUUAGACAGCGAUGGUCCUUCGAGAAUUACGAUCCAUCGAAGCUGUGAUACCGCGCCUUUUCGCGUCGUCAUUCCCACAGUCGCAAUCACGCUUCUGACCGCGCCGGAUCUUGGCUACCAGGGAAACGGUUCUCAAUCGCCAAGACCCGCUUUGGUAGAUAAAUCUCGCAAAUUCCGCAAGACAUUGCGAAAAUUCCUGCGGAACCGCUCGGAAUCGCUUGAUGGACCAACUUAAACCCUACGCGUUUUCUCACGAGGAACGAAAGAGAAAGAGAGAGAGAGAGAGAGAGAGAGAGAGAGAGUCCAUCAUCGACUUCUCAUCGACGAGCUUGAAACGUGUGAAACGAAAGAUCGAUCGAUGCAACGAAACGUUUGCGAGAACAAUAUACUUUGAGAAUUUUGUACUCGAGAAACUGCAUUUAAUUAGAAUAAGUUCCGAGCACUGUAUGGCGCUCGAAUCGAUUAUGAUUUGAGUUUCAUAUAUUGAUAGCCCUAAGUACUAAAAGUAUUACGAGAGAUUAGCUCGAACGUGAUUGUGAACGAACGUGAUUGUAUCGACCAUCGAAAUAGUUCUCGAUCAUCACUUUCGUUCAUUGAUCAUUCGCGCUUCCACGAGGAUCAAAAGGGAAGCGGAAUGCUUGAUAUUGUCAUAGAAACGACACAUCGUGUCGAUCUUAGCGAGCGAAUUACUUCCCUUUCUGUCUCUUAUUAUACUGCGGCAAUUUCAAGAACGAACUGCAGAAUGUAUUCGACGAGUUUGAACGCGGCCGUUAUCCUUUAGAAAAAUCAAGUGCCAAAUUUCAAAUAUUCCCAUCUCAAGCUUGCUACAACCGAGGACGAACUCCUACAAAAUAGUGACUCCUACGUUGCCGUUAAUGAAAACGUAGUGUUCGCGUGUACCGAAUGACUUCGGAAGAUUGUAUUAGACGAUAUCUGCGCAAUCGUGCCCUUCUGCUAACUCUUGGAGUGCCAUGUGCGAGUUUGAAGGAAAAACGCGAAGAGAAUUAUAGCUCCCUUAAUGCAAAUUGCGUUUGAACAAUUUGCAUUGUUCUCAUGCAACGGCUCAUGAGAUAGCAUGCAUCUUAUAAGUAAAGAUGGUUUACCUUCAGGUUAUUCCCAAUCACGCUUUUCUCAGUGUUCGAGAGAAAUAUUUCGAAAGUGUACGCAAUAAUAUCAUUCACUAACGUCAUUCCUCAUAUUAAAACAAACGCCAGACGUCAUAUCGCUAAUCGGCGAUUCGAUUAUCCGCGAUAACAUUCGUCGAUCGUUCAUAGUCUCUUUCUUGCUACCUCUUCGGAGGUGAAUUUUACAUUCCAGAUUCGCCGAGAUGAUGACGGCGACAUUUCACCUGUAACAAAAAGAGAAUAUAUAUGAUAUUUUCUUUUUAGUUUUUAAUUUAGAUACUCGCGUAGAUUUAAUUAGAAACGCGUAAAGGAAGAGAGCGGUAAAAUAUUCUGGAGACGAAUAUUGUUUGAAUUCUGUUUGUACAAUACAUUCGUGUAAGAUACAAUGUCUUGAUGCCAGUUCAGAGAACGUAAGUACCGCCUAAGUAGAUCUAAGAGAGUGUCACUAAGUGUAUGAAUAUGUAUGAAUUAUUAAUCGUAAGCGGAUCGUCUGCGCUUUCGACAACCGCGAACGAUUCGCGAUCGUGAAUCGGCGAUUAGUUGGAUGUGUAAAUUCGCUAGCGAAUACUUCAUAAAAAGUACACAGUUUUAUAAGGAAACAUUGUUUCUUAUAAUUUUAGCUACAUAUCACUAUACGAGCGCGGUCAAGAAUCGACGCGCAUAAUACAGUCUUCGUAUAAAAGUAAGAUUUAAAUCUAAAAUACAUUAACAAGUCUUUACCUGUUAGUUACGUGUUUAAAAAUUUAUGACAUGUUCGCCUGAGAAUGGUCUAAUUUAGUGUGGUCUAACAAUUUCAUUCGUGAAGUUUCUUAGGUAUAUUCAAAUUUGAAAAUGAUUUUUGCGUGCCAACAAAAUCACAAAUAUCGCUACAUGUGCAGAAAUGCAUAAUUAUUAAAUCGACGAUUGAAACCAGGCAUUGGCCUGUAUUAUUAUUAAUUCAUCUACGUCUAAUCAUGUGAUGCAAUUUUAUUCUUUUUUUUCUUUUCUUCGUUACGUUUGAGAACAUAAUUGUAAAAUUUCAUACGUCGAAGAAAUGUGGCGAAAGAAAUUAAAAUAUCAUGUACAUGGAGCUUUUUCUUGACACGGAAAUUAAGAAAAAGCGUACAUAGCUCUAUUAACAUCAGCCGAAUAAAAGAUUCAGAUAUUGCAAUGAGAAAAUUGCAGAGUUGCGCGGCUGCACUUUUCGCGCGAGCCGCGUCGCGUUAGGUUUUGCGAUUUUGCGUGUAAUUAAUCGUGGGCGUAUGAAUGCGUUACACACGACUUUAACUGCGAAAAAUAAUUCGCAAAGAAGGAGAGAAAGGAAGUAGCGAGCGCCGGCCCGCGUACGAAUGCGUGCUUAGUUAGACACGACUAACUAGCGAUUCUCAUUUUAGGAUUAAUCGAGUUUCUCGAAGCAAAAUUUUGCCGCAGGUUUGCCAAUGCGCGAUACGAGACGUAUUUGAAUAGCUUAGGGAGCGUGAUUGUGCAAGCCGCGGAUAAUCUCGCAUGCGAGAAUCCGCCUCGCGAUUCAUUCCUAAUGGUACGACGCGAGCAAACGCGAACGCAAGAGUGCAGGUCGAAGGCGUUUAUACAGAUUAUAUAUACGACAUUUUCUACAUUUGGUAAGGACGUUGCAUAUCGUAAGGGACGGAGACGAUUGAUAGUAAUUAUAAACGCGACUAACGCGCGACCGCCGAAAGAGAAAAGACCCAUGUUUCCCAUGCACGGGCCCGUCGCGCAUUUAUUAAUUAAUAUAUCAAACGUGCCUUAUUUCGUGUACAUAUGAAUAUUAUUCAUUAUUAUAUCAUUAUUACUACAAACCUCUAUCAUAACG